AUGGCUCACCGAAAGAUCGUGCGCAACAGGCCAUCACUGAGCUGCUUAGCAUGCCGUCGGCGGAAGAUCAAGUGUGAGAAGCAGCGCCCCGCGUGCGCAAACUGCGUACGUCUGGGCGACGAGUGCGUGUACGAAGGACCAGAGCAGUGGGAGAAGGCUGCGGCCAAGAAACGCAAGACACACCAGCACCAACACCAAGACCAACUCGACGAUCCUUUCGAUGCGCUCGAGUCACACGAUCGCCGCGGCGACAACGACUCUCCCGUCACAGAUCCUGAGCUGGAGGCUGCGGCCGUGGGGUGGACGCCGGCUGGAUCAGACCUAGGCUUCCAGUGGGACGCCCCAACGCUGGACUUCGACUUCGCCUUCGACGCCCACUUUGAUUUGGGUCUGCUCACUCCCAGUCUCUCGCUCAAUUCCUUCCAGCUCGAGUCUGCCUGUCCGCUGGACGCUUUGCCCAACCGCAGGGACUCAUCGCCACUCCCAGGCCCUCCUUUUGAAGGCUACAUUAGCACCCGGGACGACGGAUCGAAGCUCUUUAUCGAGCGCACCUUCUGGGCCUUGCAAGAUGUCUACGAGCGCAUCCUGCGCGUCGAGAGCGCUGCAGAUCGGUGCAAGUCCACCAUGAACGCGGGCGACCAUCUGACGCUGCCGCCAAAACACGUCUGCGGAGCGCUACUGCAGUGCUUCUUCCUGUGUGUACAUCCUCUGCUGCCCUUCGUUCACGCACCAACCCUGGCCAAACGCUACGGCCAGCUGUGUACGCAGCUGCUGGGCGAGCAGGAAAACAUCAUUCCGCUCGCUUUAUCCACGUCUGAUGCCUCCUUCGUCGCGCUUCUUUGGGCUGCAAUGUAUGCGGGUGCUGUAGCUUCGGCAGGUACGCCCCUGGCCGCUUCGGCAAAGGUGCCUGACACGCCAGCCUUUCGUGACAACCUCUAUGUUGCUUUUACGAGUGCCAUGAAGGCGGCCAGCUUCCCUGAGGCACCCACGCUUGAUGCACUUGUUGCCGCACUGAUCGUGCAGAGUGGGCUGGGCCGCGAGGAUAUCUACCAGCUGCGGAGCGCGCAGAUCGUCUGCGCAUGCAUCCGUGCCGCUCAGCAACUCGGCUUGCACCGCGAGGCAUCGAGGAAGGGCCUUGGAACCGUCAAGAGUGAGCUGGGCCGGCGCAUCUGGUGGCAUCUAAUAGACUUGGACAUUCAAUCGGCUGUGGCUGCAGGAACCGAAUUGCAGGCUGCUCGGGUCGAAGGGUCAUCGGACGCGCGCCUGCCUAUCGAAUUUCUGGAAGACCAGAACGUGCUGGCCGGUGAGAACACGCCCAAGUCUUCGGCUUUUCUACUGUUUGCACUUGGCCGUGCCGAGAUCGCAUCCGCCAUGCGCCAGAUCAUAAUUCGUGCCUACGACCGGCAACGGCCCACCCAGCGAGACUUGAUCGAGCUCAAUGACAUGCUCUCCUCACUUCACAGCCGCAUUCGCGCGAUAUCAGCACGUCUGCCGGCCAAGGGCAUUCCUGAGAAGGGGUUGGUAUCGUCUUUCCAAGCGACAGUAGCGCCUGCAACCUACGGCACACUCUACAAGGACGACGCUAGUACUACCACCGUCUUUAACUUCUGGGCUCGCUCUGUUCUCCACAUGCUUUAUCUGAGAGCCUUAAUACUUUUACAGAAACGCUUCCUUCACGAAUUCACCGGCCAACAGCAGGCGACCUUGUGGAAAACGCUGGUGCGCCUUUGCUGCCAAUACAUUCAGACUUAUCUCCGUCUGACUCGAUGGUCCGCUGCAGCCAUAUACAAAUGGGCGUUACUGAGCCGGCUGCAACCCCUUGAGGAGACCCUCAUCCUGCUUGCCUACCUGCAGACAGAUUCAUGCCCAGCCGAAGCUGACCUAGUCGAGCACUUCGCUGAGGAAGUGCUUGACAUGUGUUACAACAGCGAGCAAGCCCAGAACCAGCAACCUCCUGGCACAUUAUCCACAACGCGUCAGAACCUUUGGGCCAUCUUGAACGAGCUGAAAGAACACUUGCCUUGGCGACCUCAUCCUGACCUAUCUUGGUUUUCCGCGGAAUUCAAAUCUUCCUUUGGUGAUGGUCAGUGCCAAAAAGACCAAGCAAGCGUGGUUGAUCUCGGUGGGGUAGACCAAGGGCUGGCUUCCUUCCUGCAAUUGGAAGGUUUGACAGAUACUUGA